AUGAGCGACUUUGUGUUAAAUGAUAGUGAUACAGAAGUUGAUUCUGAUGAAGACUUACAAGAGGCAUUCGCGAAGGGUCUACUAAAACCCGGAUUAAAUGAGGAAAUAGAAAAGGUACAGAAAAAGUAUGUAAAUAACGUAGCAGAUUUGAAAGCAAAAUUGAAAGAGUUUGAGCUAAAAUUACCAUGGGUCGAAACACUGGAUCUUGUGAACUCCGUAGCACCGAUGGCGCCUGAUGUAGCGUUGCAGAUGCAGCAAACAGCUCAAAGAAGGAAAAACAUCAAAGAAAAUACAAAAGGCAAUGUGGUAUAUGAUCCGUCACAAGAUCCUGUGUUAAAUGAAUUCAAAAGAGAGAACUUGAUCCAUCGUCAGGCCCAAGCAGCGGUGAUAGAAGGCAUCAAACGCCUUAAAGAUCUUAACAUACCCACUAGACGGCCAGAUGAUUAUUUCGCUGAAAUGGCGAAAUCUGACGAGCACAUGCAGAAAGUACGUAAGAAUUUGAUGGCAAAACAGGCGGCGCAAGCUCGGACUGAGAAAGUUAGACAGUUGAGGGAACAGAAGAAGAUAGCUCAUAGAGUACAGGUUGAUGCAAAAUUGAAACAAGCGGCUGACAAAAGACAAAUGUUGGAACAAUUAAAACGAGUAAGGAAAGGAAAAUCAACAGAUUUAGACUUCCUAGACGACAAUAAAGGUAAAAAUAAUAGUAAAGGAAAUAAUGGAAAAGUGAAAGUAAAUAAGAAGAGAGUUAUGAAAGAUAAGAAGUUUGGUUUCGGAGGCAAGAAGAAGGGAUCUAAGUUAAACACAAGGGAUUCAACUAACCAAAUGGAAGGAUUCAACAGCUCAGCCAAAAAGAAACCAUUCAAUUUUAAAACUAAGAACUUCAAGCCAAAUAACAAGAAGCCAAGUAAUAAAAAGAAUCAGCGACCGGGCAAGUCAAAGAGGAAGAGCUCUAGGAAGUGA